UUUGUUGUGGGCUCGGGUCUGGUAACAGGGGGUACAGAGUGCCGAGUUUAAUCUGGAGUCAGGCGGACUCUCCAGAGAGUAGUGUAAGGCGCAGCAGCAAUGUCCUCUAAUUCCCAUUCUGGAUUCUACCGCCAGGAGCUGAAUAAAACCCUGUGGGAGGUGCCCGUGAGAUACCAGAAUCUGAAUCCUGUGGGUUCCGGUGCCUACGGCUCGGUCUGUUCUGCCUAUGACACCAAUACAGAACAGCGUGUUGCAGUUAAAAAACUCUCCCGGCCUUUUCAGUCUAUCAUACAUGCCAAGCGUACCUACAGAGAACUUCGUCUACUAAAGCAUAUGAAGCAUGAAAAUGUUAUUGGGCUCCUAGAUGUUUUUACCCCAUCAAAGUCAUUUGAGGAGUUCAAUGAUGUGUAUCUGGUGACACAUCUAAUGGGAGCUGAUCUUAAUAAUAUAGUGAAAUGUCAGAAACUGACUGAUGAUCAUGUUCAAUUCUUGAUCUACCAGAUCCUUCGAGGACUUAAGUAUAUCCACUCAGCUGGUAUUAUCCAUAGAGACUUAAAACCUAGCAACCUUGCUGUAAAUGAAGAUUGCGAGCUGAAAAUUCUUGACUUUGGUUUGGCUCGGCAUACAGAUGAGGAAAUGACUGGUUAUGUUGCCACAAGGUGGUAUCGGGCACCAGAAAUCAUGCUAAACUGGAUGCACUAUAACCAGACAGUGGAUAUCUGGUCUGUGGGCUGUAUAAUGGCUGAGCUUCUAACAGGUCGAACCCUUUUUCCAGGCACAGAUCAUAUUGAUCAACUGAAGCUCAUUUUGAGGUUGGUUGGAACCCCUGAGUCAGAGCUCCUGCAGAAAAUCUCCUCGGAGGCUGCCCGGAAUUACAUCCAGUCGUUGCCAUACAUGCCAAAGAUGAAUUUUGAAGAUGUUUUUUUAGGAGCCAACCCUCAAGCUGUAGACCUACUUGAGAAAAUGCUUGUUCUGGAUACAGACAAGAGGAUUACUGCAACAGGCUUAGCCCACCCCUAUUUGCCCAGUAAUCAUGACCCAGAUGAUGAACCUGUAGCUGACCCUUAUGACCAAAGCUUUGAGAGCCGUGAGCUUGAUAUGGACGAAUGGAAAAGUUUAACCUAUGAGGAAGUACUUUGCUUUGUACCACCCCCACUAGACUCUGAUGAAAUGGAAUCUUGAAAAAACUGUUUGCCGCUGUGAAGAUGGUUCAACAAUAUUGUUUAGGUCCCUCCUGUCCUAAUCGGGGAUUGAAAUGUUUACAAUAAAGAGAACUGCUGCACUUAAAAAAUAAAUACAUGCACUGUACAGAUAUUAACUUACAUUUUGCUAUUUUCUUGGUCUUCUCUGUGAUGGUUUUGCCAUAAAUAAGCACUGGUCAAAUAAAUCUUAUUUUUUAAAUGUG